AUGCGGCACGCGAUCGUGCUCGUAGUUCUAUCGCUACGAGCAUUGACCGCGCAAUCCGUGGAAGUCUCUUCUGGACCAGGUCUGGAGCCAGUGGCAACGACGGCAGUUCCGGAUUUGAAGCCACAAGAAUUCCGGAGUAAGUAUAGUAUUUUUUGUUUUGAUUGGUUUUUAGAGAUCUCAUACAUCCCACAAGUUGUAGAGGAUUGUGGAGAAUACGAGGAACUUCCGCUUGUCCCAGAGGGAUCGGUUGAGAAAUUGGAUCUUCCAGAAUCUCCUAUUGAGAAGUUGGAUCUUCCAGAAUCUCCUAUUGAGAAAUUGGAUCUUCCAGAAUCUCCUAUUGAGAAAUUGGAUCUUCCAGAAUCUCCUAUUGUUGCCAACGAAUCACCUCAAUCUGAGCCGGGUUCUGUAGAAGGAGUUCGUAACUCAGUACAGCAACUGCCUGAAAAACCACAAGAUCCCGUGGAACGUUUGAGCGAUCUCCCGACAGAUAAUGGCGAAGGAAGCAUUGAAUAUCUUGGUCCCCUAGCAACACCAAAAUCUCCGUCGAAUCAGGUCCCGAGUUCAACUGGCCAACCAAUCGAACGCCUGGAUACAACACUGACUCCUGUAGUCUCAACCGAAAGCCAAUUUGAAUAUCUAGGUCCACUUCCAGGUAUAAUUUUCGCAAUUUUUUUGUUUUUUGAUGAUUGUAUCAAAAUAUUAUGCCAUAUGAAUUAAAUUUAGAAAGGUCCACAGUCGCCCCGCAGUCAAUCUCAACUGAUCAGCCGAUUGAGCGUCUAGAUUCGACUCCUGUUCCUACAACUUCAACCCAAGUUCAAUACGAAUAUCUGGGUCCAAUUCCAGGUAAGAUUUUUCCUUUCGUCUUUUUGGUUUAGAUGCAACGGAAACAAUUGUUAUUUAGAAGCCUCAACUGCCGCCCCGCAACCGCUGGUUCAGACCACAGCGAGCCCAACGGUUCGCCCGAUUCCUGUUGCUAUUGUGGAGCAAUCUUCCUCCUCAUCAGAGGCCCCAACUACUCAGAAAUACGAUGGGUUUGAGUUAAUUGGGUCCAUCGACAACAGCGAAUCGACAACAUCAGGUCCAACAGAUGGUAAGGUUUUGCAGUUGAGUCAGUUGUUGUAUGUAGUUUUGAGAUUUCUAGUUGAGAAUGAGGUUUAUUACAUUUCUGUAUUGUACCAGGCAAAAAUUUUUUAUUGAUUUUUUUGGGCGUUUUGCGUAAUAUUACCUCCGAAGGCUGAUGUAAUAUACUUUUUCAGCUCCUGCAUCUUCCUCGACGACCGGCAAGUACGAUGGUUUUGAGUUUAUUGGCAGGAUAAGAGAAGAGUCUGGUGAGAAAUACGCUGGAUUCGAGAAAUUGGGUAACGUCGAGGAUGUUCCGACAACCCCGCCCACUCCACCCGCGGCUCCACUCUCAGAUGGCUUAGAAUUUGUUGGAGAAGAACCCCCAUCAACCGUGCUUCCCACUGUGCAGAGCACCGUUCAAGUAGUCCAAACAACAGCUCCACCGGCACCUGUGAACCUCGUUCCUAUUGAAACUCCGGCCACAACAACUACUGCUCCAGUCACUUCAAAGUACAGUGGAUUUGUCUACUAUGGACAGGAAAAGAUUCAACCACCUGUUGUUGUAGUUGACCCCACAACAACAGAAGCCCCGGAAACGAGUCCAACUACUCGACUCUUUACUGGAUUGGGUCCUGUCGUUGAUGGUGGGUAAUUGAUUUCGAUCGGUCUUUAUAUGUUUUUACGCUUUAGGUCCUCAAAACGAACAGAACUUUGGUGAUGGUGCGGGUACCACUGAGGCGAGGACUCCAUCCACGACAGAAGAACCUCUCUUUUUCUUUGGAACGCCCACGCAGCCACCAGUGAACAUCGUGGAGACAUCAACUUUGGCCCCGUCCACCGAUUCCCCAUUGGAAUACCUUGGACCGGCCUCGAAGGACGAGAACAAGUACGAAGGAUUCGAGUAUUUUGGAUCUUCAACGGAAAGUAAGAGUAUUUUGUUUAUUUUUAUUCCGCCUUUAGAGCCUUGUGUAUCAUCAACGAGCACUGCCCUUCCGCCAAUAAAUGUGGCCUCAUCGCCUCCGGAAUCAGCCGAAUGGAUCGGAGAAUGGCCUCCAGCUAGUAGCCAGGCCCCCGAGAAGACUGAUGUUGAGAAUUUUAUUGAUGUAAAUCUCUCCUCGACUGUUCAGCCAUCUUGGACUCAUGAACCCUCAAUUCAGGAGUGGCAGCCAACUUCUGAAACCCCCAAUCAGCCUCCUUUCGCUUGGGAUCAGGAAACCAAUCCUCCCGUUUGGAACCAUGAACCCAGUCCGUAUCAGAAUACCCAGCAGCCCGAGUAUUCAUCCCAACAAUUCUUUGAUGGAAAUCAUUAUGGAGGAGUCGACUACGUCCCCGAGAACUAUCAAGAACAACAAUACCAACCUCAGGAAUACGAUAAGAACUACUACCAAGUCCCAGUUCAGACCCCGAAUCAUCCCGGAGUGGAAUUCAGAUAUCUGAUGCCAAAGCAGGAUCCAGAAAGACCGAUUCCUUUUGUUGAUGUGGACUCGGGAGAGAGGCGGUUGGUCGAUUCGUUUGACACUCCAGAUGAUCUUCCCUUGAAGGAAGAAGAUGCACAUCAUCCGGCGUUUUGGGAUCCAUUCGAUCAUGAUUACCCUUUGGAUAAACUUCUCGAUAAACUGUUUGGCACUCCUGGAGGUAAGAAUUGCUUUUUGGAGAGUUUGAAAUUUAUUUUCUUUAUUAUUUUUGUUGUUUUAGCCUCUGGAGAAGUCCGCGACACCUUUAACGUCCCUGAGGACCUCACGGCUCAUGCGCCCAGUGCCUUCAGUGGGUCACCAGACCCGGAACCGGUCGAUGACACAUUCCAAUCGGUCCCUGACCACCCGGAAGUUGUGAAGUCGGCCUUUGAGAUCUCUCCAUCAGACUCUGGGAUCAUUGUGGACACGUUCCAAUUGCCAGAAGAGGAGAAUGAUCAUUAUGGAGGAUACAGGAAGAAGAGAGAAGCCUCACAGAGAAGUUCCAAGCAUGCGAGGGCAUGGAAAAAGAACAUUCAGCCCUUUAAAUCGAAGAUAUUCAGCCGAAAGUCAAAGAGAAUAUCACCCACCAGGAGGCGGUCUCCUCCUCAAAUGACAUGA